ACAGGCGCAAGCGCAAAACAAAGUCGUAAGGCAUUUCGGUCCCCACCAGCCGUAGCACCUCCUGCGGCAACUGGGAAUGCUCUAGAGGGACGCGCCAGCUCUAGAGGUUCGCUGUCCUUAGCAGCAGCGGAGAAGCAGCAGGAGCAGUGACUCCCCACGCUCUACGGAAGAUAAGGCAGCGCCCGUGGCUCAUCCAGCUGCACCUCCCGGCGUGCCCCGGCCCCGCUGGCUGCGGAAGAGAGCAGCAUGCCGGGAGCCGUAGUCUGCCCUCGCCUCUCGCCCGCGGCCCGGCGCCGAUCGCGGCUGCAAGCCCUCACCUCGGCAGUCUCUGUCCGCCUCCCCCUCCUGCCUUCGGAUGGAGGUCUCCGAGGAGCUGGAGAGCGGUCUCCUGACCCAGCCCUGGGCUUCUGUUCACUUUGGCGAGUCUGCUUUUCUUGCAAAAGUGUGCUUCAGGGAUACUGGCUAUAUCCUGCUGAUCUCUGACCUCAGUAGUGUCUGGUACGAGAGUGUAGACACCAAGGCUGUGGAACAGAGGUCCAAGGAGCUGAACAAGCGGCUGACGGUCAAUGUGUCCUCCUUCCUGAACCACUUGUGCAACCUGAUGUGCCCCUUGCUGGCAGGGCAGCCAGCACCUACCACCACAUUCUCCUGCAACCGCUCUGCCAGUGGCCUCAUCCUGCAUGUAAAGAGUGAGCUGUCAGGACUGCCCUUCUACUGGGACUUCCACUGCUGCCCUGCUCCCUUGGAAAUGGUGUCCCGUCACCUCGUGCGGCCCUUGAUUCGGAUGAACCUGGCGCUGCAGCACCAGGUGCAAGAGCUGAUCUCCCUGGUGCUCCAGAAGGAUGCUGAGAUUGAAGAUUACAGGGAGAGCGGGGCCACUCUCAGCAGAGACCGACUGCGGACAGAGCCCUUCCAGGAGGAGACAUUUCAGCAGAACUUCAUGACUGAGGCUCUGCGUGAGAGAUUGGAAAUCUCAGCCAUGGGCAAGUGUGUGGCAUCUCCUGGGUUUUCUCCAUCUGGUAUCAGACAGCUGUUGAACCAAGAAGAAAGAUUGACCAUCCUGAGGGAUGGAUGACUGUGCAGAGAAAGAGAUGACAAUGUCAAAGAAGGGAUGACCAUGCUGAAGAAGGAAAGACCACACCAAGGAAGGGAUAGAUAUACUGGAGAAGGGAAGACCAUGCUGAAGUAGGGAUGGCCAUGCCCAGAAUGGCACCGUGGAUGGACUGGUUCCCCAGCAGAAGAUGCUGUUAUGAAUGGAGGGAGGCAGAGCCUCCUCUGCUGAGAGGAAGGCUGGAAUAGUGUGAGACUUUGGGAUCUCUGCGUUCUCCCCAGGGAUGCUGUACUUGAUGCAAAGACCACUCAGUCAGGCAGACCCUUACCUUACUAAGGAAACCUCUCUGGGCAUUUCAACCCAAUACCUUUCCUGGGACAUUGUACUGGUCUUUCGGAGUCAAUCUCCAAGUAUGUAGCCAACAUCUGCCACCCAGUGCCAAAGCCAGCCAGUGGGACUGAGGACCUGGAGAGGGCAGUGCCUGGGCCUCUCUUGCAGUCCUUCUCCUAGCACGGGUGAGCUUUACACAACCUGCUCCCCAACACUAGAGAAGGUCCUUCAGAGGAUCCCAAAUUCCAGUUUGGAGGGACUCUGAGGCUCCUCUGUGCCCAGUUGCCCGCACUUGCAGACUGGCUCUGGCUCCACUGGGCCCAGAGCCUUUCCCAACCCUAUCCCAGACAGACGGAUAUCCCAAAACCCACUGGUCCCAGAGGCUCCCACUCAGUGUCCCUCUGGCUGAAUGAGGUGGUGUGCGUGUGCCCAGACUGUCCCCUCCUGUGACUGUACAGUACACACGGCUAAAUAUAUGUCUGUGCAGAUACAGGAUCUCAGAGGGGCUGAGUGAUGCUCCCUUUCUAUACCUCUUUUCAUGGAGAAAACUAAUGAGAUUCAUGUCAUUAAAGGGCUCAUGUUUUGUGGGAUGGGAACCUUUUAAACGGGAUGUGUCCUGGCUUAG